UUGUAACUUGUGUAUCUUCAGGUCUUGACAACAUCCACCACCUGACGUACCUGCGAAAGUCCGAGCUUCUGGUCCUGAUGGAGGAUUUCUCUGGAAAUAAAGUCUACGCUUGUUACGAGUCAUUCUCAGUGGAUGAAGAACGUGACGGCUACAGAAUGCACGUGUCAGGAUUCAUUAACGGAGGGGCGGGAGAUUCCCUGGAUUAUCAUAAUGGAAUGAAAUUCUCGACAUUUGACAAAGACCAAGACAUCUGGCCAAAAAGUUGUGCGAAAGAGUACUAUGGAGGAUUCUGGUACAAUAUGUGUCACACUGCUAACCCUAACGGGGUUUACCGCUGGGGUAGUGAUGAAUCAGUGUUCGCAGUUGGAGUGGUGUGGUACCACUGGAAGGGUCAUUACUAUUCCCUGAAAUCCAUCCAGAUGCAGAUCCGUCCUGUUGCUUAGACCUGCUCCACCUGCCUAUUAAUCCAAAUCUUUCUGGAAAAAAUUCAAAUCAGUUAUAUCUGUUGUUG